CUAGUUUCGCAUGAAUUCGAUGAAAAAUGAAGAACAGAAUUUGAAAAAUAGUCAGACCUUGCCGACACCCGGCAGUGAGUACCGAACCUCGAUGUAAAAGGAAAAGUAUGGCUGUGAAUAAAAAGUCUGCUUUAUUUGUAUGCUUAGGUAAUAUAUGCCGUUCCCCUAUUGCUGAAGCUGUUUUCUCUCAUUAUGUAAGAGAGCGGGGAUUAUCUGAUAAGUGGCAUAUUGAUAGUGCUGCAACUUCAGAUUAUCAUACUGGCAAAAACCCUGAUAGAAGAGCUAGGCAGUGUAUGGAAAAGCAUUCUAUACCCAUGCAACAUAAAGCAAGACAAAUUACUGCUGAUGAUUUCAAAACAUUUGAUUUCAUCUUUGGUAUGGAUGAAAAUAAUAUAAAAGAUCUAAAACGACUAGCUCCUAAAAACAGCACAGCAAAAAUAGAAUUAUUAGGAGAUUAUGACCCUGAAGGCCCAUGCAUAAUUCGUGACCCCUAUUAUGAUGAUGAUGAUGAAGGGUUUGAAGAAGUCUAUCAACAGUGUGCAAGAUGUUGUAAAGCGUUUUUAGAUAAGGAAUCCUGAUUUCAAGAUAGCAUAUAAAUCCAUAUUAAAAAAAUAAUAAAAUUUAAAAGAAUAAAUAAAACAAACAUAUUUUUAGAUGUAUAAAUAUGUACAAUUCUAUCUAGAUACUGUAUUCUAAUUUUGCUGCACAUUUAUAAUUAAUCAUAAUCACAAAUUGUUCAGUAAUGAAUAAUAAAAUCACUUCCAAGAAAA